GACGUGAACAGGACAAGAACCACAUGUGUUGAUCUGUUCGGACAUCUUCCCCGACAUACUCUCGUAGUUCAUCUGUGAUCAGAGACUUUGUGUGAUCAGGACUUACUUGCCAUUAACGGUCGUGGAUCGUGAUAUGAACCUGAAAGCGUUCUGCCUGUCUCUCCUUCUUUUUGAAGUCUCCUGUUUCUCUGAGUUUGAGAUAACUGUGCCCAGAGAUCCUGUCACUGGGUUUUACGGAGAGGCGCUGAUCCUCCCCUGCACCUUCCCUGUGGACUCGUGGGAUCUGAGUAGCACCGUUAUCACCUGGCAGCGCGGGCUGGACGUUGCUCACAGCUUCUACUACAGUCGGGACCAGCUCGACCGUCAGAAUCCUCAUUAUGUGAACCGCACCAGCCUGUUCAUCCAGGAGAUGGCAGGAGGAAACGCAUCACUCAAACUGGACAGAGUCACUCUGCAGGACUCUGGUGUGUACACCUGCUCCAUCAGCACCAACACUGGCAGCCAGAAGAAGAGCUUUAGAGUCGAUAUUGCAGCGUUCUACUCUGAACCUCGUCUGCAGUUCUCCAUGUUAACUGAUGGAGUCAACCUGCUAGUGACGUCAGAUGGGGGUUACCCUUCUCCUACACUGCAGUGGCUGAUGGAAAACUCAGACAUCACUAACCAGACACAAACACACAUCAUGAAGGACACACAAACUGGACUUUAUAUUGUGUCUAGUUGGAUAAAUCUCACUGAAGUCACAAACUCCUCUCUGACGUUCAUACUGAACAACAAACCUCUGGGUCAAGACAUCAGGAGAGAGAUCCAGCUGUACUCAGAUAAGAGCGAGAGUCAAGGAGAGUCAGUGUACAGAUGCCACGGAUGCUUCAUAUUGAUCCCUGUUAUUCUGCUGCUGCUGAUCAUCAUAAUGGGUUUAUUGUUUGUGUUCAUUACAAGCAGAAGAAGAGAACAGACCAAACUAAAUGGCUUUACUAAUAUGGGACUCAAGUCUGAAACCAAAAUCCUAAAUGGAAAAUGUCAGCAGUGUCCAGGAGCAUAACAUCAUAAUGUGGUUUGACAGAGACGUGGACUGUAAUGAGAGAUCACUGUUGGACAUCUUCAAACUUUAAUAUGUUUAAUGUUCUUAUUUUCAUCAAACACACCAGCUUACCAUCUGUAAUACAGGACAUACUUACUGCUUUGUUCAUGUCUGAAACUCAUAAUAAUCUCAGUGGAAAGUUUAGUAUGUCCAUAAUGGUUAUUCUGUUACAAAUUCUGUUACCAUUUCAACUAACAGUGAUAUUAUUUAUACAAUUUAAAGACUUUCUGUGAUUUGCAGACAAUAGCAUUAUAUUUAUUUUAACAUUGUAUUAUAUUUCCUAACCUUGGCAGCUUUUAACAAACCGUAUGUAGUUUAUUAGUUACGUGACACUGAUUAUUUACACUAGGUAACAUUUCAGUUCAUCCCCUAGUGAUGUAUAUAACACAGAUAAUUGUAGUGUUUCUUUCAGCCAAAAUGACUGAAUCUACUUGGGUGCUAAACAGUCUUAAUUUAACCAAAAUUAAUUCUAAAUAGAAGUUUUCACUCAUUAAAUAAAUGCAGUUUUUUUUUGUUUGUUUUUUUAACAAAAGUAUUUCAUAGUUAUUUACUAUAUGGAUGUGGAUGAGUUUGUGCACUGAAACAUUGCAUUGUAUCCAUAAAUACUCUGCAUAAAUACUUUUUACCUGAUGGCAAGAUGACAUUGCAGUGAAUCAACAAAGUUUUUGUUACACUAUUUAUUGAAUGAUUGUUUUUAGACUGUAUUAGGAUUUUUAAAAUUCUUUAUUUUUUUUCUACAUUGUAUUUAGAUUUUCAUUUGAGGUAUGUUUGAAACAGAAUAUUUUCCUUGCACAUCUGUAAUAUGUUUACCUUAUUACACUGUGUAUGAAAACUGUACAGUGAUCAAGAAAAAAUAAAAUAUAUAUUUUCAUAUA